AUGGACGCUGGCAUCGAGCUGCAGCAUCGCCCCACAGGGGCCUUGUCCUCGCGGCCGUCCUGGUUUUCUUUUCCAGCUGGCCGAGAACCUGAGAGCUUCGCCCAGCAGACACGCGUCAAGUUCGCCACAGGGGUCUUCGCCGGGAUCGCGCUCAUCGGAUCCCUAGCGCUGGCCGCUUUGAACCUCCUUGCUCAGCAAGACGCGCGACUUGCGCUGAUCUUCGAGCCAUGCUUUCCAGUCUUGACCCCGCUGCUGUUCUUCUUGCUGGCAGGUGGCACUGCGUGUGGCCUCUGGAUCACCACCUGCGGGCGUGCGCGCGCCCGCGACCGCGAGGACAAGCACAGUUGGAUCCAGGCCUUCAAGGCCAGCGGAAAGUAUUUCCACGCCAAGGUGGCUUUGCUCGAGGUACUCCAACUCUUCAACCAGGGACGAACCCUCAGGAGGCUGCUCUUUGUGGGGCAAGGCGCAUUCUGGGUUCGCGCCUACUCGGCCUUGAUCUGCGCGAACGCCGUGGUGACACCACUACUCCAUUUCUCCCCUCGGGUUCAACACAACACCUUCUUCCUGACCAUCUUCGAUGCCUUCGUCGACACGACCUUCGGUGCGGUCCUCCCCGCUUGCAUGGUCGCGGAGGCCGCGGUGGACUUCUGGGUGGACGUGGACAUCGUGUACAUCGGCGAGAAGAAGCUUGUGCAGGCCUUCUUGAUCGGACAAGGACUGGUCCCAACGACUGGCACACAGCUGCUCUCACUGGCCUGGCCAUACCUUUCCCUGUGGGUGAAGCUCCUCGACCUCCGGGAUGCACGCGAGUUGUGGGGCCAUGGGUCCAUCAUGGACCAGAGGCGCCGGGUCUGCGGCCCCUGGCUGUUUGGGUGCUCGUACCUCCUCCUGGGGCUGUCCUUCGGGCUCCUGGGGGUCACUGCACGGCAGCGGUCCCCGUGCUACAGCAAGCCCUGGCGCGAGGGCUGCGAGGUCUUCCGGUUCGACUUCUUCGGCCGGUCUUGCGAGUGCGCCUACUACGCGAGAGAGUUGCAGUGUGGGAGCGUGCAGCAGCUGGAAGCCAUGCUGCGGGAGUCCAAGUGGCUCCAGGUGCUCCACUUGGAGAACUGCGGGGAGACACUCCGCACACUCCCUCCCUUCACGAACAACGCCAGGCUUCGGUUCCUGCUCCUCAAUCGCAACAGCCUUCGGGAGCUCCCUCCCUUAGGCGCGCUGUGGGAUCUCAGGGAGCUGCACGUGUCCGGCAACCUGCUACGCGAGCUCCCAGAUCUGUCCUCCAACGGGGCGCUCCAGUUCAUUUCCGCGGAGCACAACCAGCUGACCGAGUUGCCCUCCCUGGCCGGCAACAGGGAGUUGCGGUACCUGAUGGCCGAUUCCAACAACAUCUCCGUGCCGCCAGACUUGCGGAAAAACUCUGAGCUCCUUGCCUUGGGUUUGAACCACAACGAUCUCGUGGAGGCGCCUUCGCUGGUGGGCAACCUGAAGCUUGAGCAGCUGUACCUGGAGGGGAACAGCCUCACUGAGCUUCCCAGCUUGAACUUGCCGAGGCUGGAAAUACUCAAUGCAGAGGCGAACCUUCUGAAGUUUCUGCCCUCCUUGCAUGCUGCCCCGGCGCUCUCACAGCUCUGGCUCAUGGCCAACGAGCUGGAGGAGUUACCGAGCAUGGACGCCAACACCAAGCUAGAAUUCCUGGACGUCACGCAGAAUCGGCUGCGAGUUCUUCCUUCGCUUGAGAAGGUGCGUGCGCUCGCCUGCCUGAGAGCCAGCUCCAAUGCCUUGCAGGCGAUUCCCGCGAUCAGCCCUCGCGCAAGGUUGGCGGAGCUGUCGGUGGCUUACAACCAGCUGCGGCAGUUGGACCUUUCGGGGAUGGAGUUUCAGUCGCUGAGAAUACUCAACGUGCAGGGAAACCUCCUGGAGUCGAUACCAGGGCUGGGAGGAUUGGCUUCCUUGACCCACCUUGGGCUGCGUGGGAACCGCUUGAAGCAACUGCCGGCCUUGGUAGCAAGAAAGUUGCACGCGCUGGACGUGUCGUCAAACCGCUUGCAAGAGCUGUCGCUGCCGCACUACCUCCCCUUGCAGCAUCUGAGUGCAGACCACAAUCAGCUGACCUCCAUUCGGGGCUUGGACAAGAUGACGGACUUGAUCUUCUUACACCUUCGGAAUAACAGCCUCACGGAACUUCCGGACUUGGAAAUGUGUACACAAUUGAAGCGCCUGUCCGUGAACGACAACCUGCUUUCAUCCAUUGGCCCUCUCCCACGGUUGCUGUUAGAGCUGAACGCUUCAACGAACCGCUUACGCCAGAUGCCUCCUUUCCCUGACGGUAGCUAUCUGCACAUUCUGAAUGUCGAGGACAACCUGUUCGAGGAGCUCUCUUUUCUGACCUUUAGCCACCUGAUAUACUUGAACGCGCGUGACAAUAAGCUGAAGCAGCUUCCGACCUUGCAGCACGUCACGGAGUUGCGCUACCUGGAUGUUUCUGGCAACCAGCUGACCUCUCUACCACCACUGCAAGACCUCUCCUACAUCAUGGGCCUGUGUGUGUCCAACAACAGCCUGCGGGCGCUGCCGAACCUCUCCGGCCUCCACUUUCUCCACUCCGUGGGCUGUGCUGGCAACCCCCUGAAACAGACUCCCCACCUGGAGGUCACCUGUGACUGCUGUGCAGAGGCCGUGGUGCAUGAAGGCCGGCUGGCGUGGUGCAACAGACACAAGGAGGAGGAGCCGUGGGAUGAUCCAGAGCUUGAGCAGCUGCCGCCAGCCUACGGCGUGCGCUUGCCAGUGGAGAGGAGCAGCUGCCGCCGGGGCGCUUCGGCGAGGAGGGGAGAGCCGGGCCUUCUCGAGGUGGCUCUUAAAGUGGUAAGGCUUGCCGGCCGCUUGGCCCGAAACCUGCUGUGGUGGCGGCAGGACGACUGCCGAUCGGAGGCUGAGCGCAUCAUUUUGCACAAGCACGUCUGCCUACAGUUGAAUGUAGACGCCUGUGUUGUGGCGCUGGGAAACAUGUUCCAGGACUUCGCCAUGCUCUACGUGAACAGGUGGCUCGGCGAUCUACUCGGCACGCGCAUGCAGCAGGGGCAGGCGGUCUUUGACGUUGCACUGGCGGGGCUGCUGCGCGACAAGCUCUGCGCAGAGCUGCCACAUGCCAUCCAUUCACCCGAGGACCUGCCCAGGCUCCUCCGGUGCAUGGAGGUCAUGCAGAUCAAGCGCGCGCACCGGCCCACCCUGUGGCACGCCUUCUUGGCCGCGGUCUCCCGCAGCGUGGCGCCUGAGGCCAAGCCCCUCUCCCCUCAACUCUGGCUGCCGCAUCUUCUGGAGCUCCUGAGGCGAUCGCCCUUCUCCAAAAACAACACUGCCCUACUGGAGACUGCCGCAAGCAUGGCAGGCCCCAUCAUCAAAGAGGCGCCCGGCCCGGCCCUUGCCAGGAUGCUUCAAGCGUUCGUGGCCUUGCGCCAGGAAGUCUUCACCCAGGCCGUCGUGGAACGCCAUGGCGAGCUGCUGGAAGACCGGCUGCGGGAGCCCGAGACGCUUGGCAGCGCCCGGGUGGCCGUGCUUGGCGCUCUGGCCAACGGAGGUGGCACCGGUGUCCAGGCAUCGUGGUGGCGCGACGGGAUACUAAGACCCUGGGCUGGGGAGCUCCGGCGCCUCGUCGCCACGCUGCGCCGCGGGCCAAGUCGCCUGGGUCGAGGCAUGUACGAGUCUGAGCUCAUACAGCUGCAGUUGAGCGAUGUCGGCGCAAGAUGGCAGCCAGGCGUUCUUGAAGCUUUGGGCAUCGCCGCCCCGCCCCGCGACUUCAUCCUCCGCGCUGCCCGAGCGGUGUUAAGGCAGAGACGGAAGACCGAUGCCUCCAGCCCGUGGGCACUCCGCGCUCUUGGCUUCCUGUCCUUCCGCCUCUCCUCAACCACCGCCGCGGCCACGGAAGAUGGCACGCUGAUUUUCACGGCCGCUCGGGAGAUGCAGGCAGAUGGUGAUGUCGAGCUGCUCUCCGUCGACGUCGGGUUCCUGGACCGGCGAUACCGCCGCCAUGGCGACGUGGAGCGCGUGGCGCUGCUGCGAACUCUCGCGGCGCUCCCGGAUCGUGGGAGGCAAGUGACUGGCGUCGUGGACUUGUACGUGGACCGCGCCGUUUGCCUGUCCUGCCUGGGAAAGCAAACAGCCAAAUGGCUGGGAGCGUUCUUCGCCAGUUUCGUGAGCUUCUGCCGCAAGCACAGGCCAAGUGGAGUGAAAAAUCGAUACGCCAUGGAAGCCUCAGAUGCUGACUUUGCACAAGCCCUGAGUUCCGAGUUUGGUCCCAAUGCCCAGCAGGGUAUGAGCCCAAAUACCGCUAGCGCACGUGAAGAACCGCGAUUGGGCGAGGUUGGGAGCCAUGAACUACCAGGGCCUGGUGAGACAUCGUUGGCAAUGAGGGCUAUGAUGGUGUCUUCCCCGGCGAGCCAGACGGGAUGGUCCAUGGAUGGGCAGCGAGGUGAGCUGGUCGGGAUGGCGACAGCAGCACCGAGCGGACGCCAAGUGGAACAUGAUGCCCGAACUCUGGUUAUGGGUGGGGUCACAACGACCGACGCGAACAUGUCGGAAGCUGCUGCAUGGAGCCUGGAAGCCUUCGGAAGCAGAAGGCCCUCUGUGGGCCCCUUCUCCGUUUCCUUCGCCGACGCCAUCGAGGACAAGGCAGAGGGCUCUGGCAAGGCCGACUCCGGAAGCCCUCAGUCAGGGGAUGGAAGCUCCGGGGACAGCACCAAGGAGGCGGUGGAGAUGGAGGUGAAGCGGCAGAUGCAGGGGAUCCUGGGGCAGUUGGGCGACAUCGGGUGUUGCACCUACUUCACUACCUAUGUCGCAGGUGUCGGGCGCUGCACCUACUUCACUGCCUAUGUCGCAGGUGUCGGGCGCUGCACCUACUUCACUGCCUCUGCCACAGGAGUCGGGCGCUGCACCUAUGUCACUGCCUAUGUCACAGGAGUCGGGCGCUGCACUUACCUCUCUGCCUAUGAUGCGGGUGUCGGGCGUUGCACCUACGUCAUUGCCUAUGUCACAGGUAUCGGGCGUCGCACCUACGUCAUGGCCUAUGUCACAGGUGUCGGGCACUGCAUCUACAUUGCCGAAUAUGUCGGUGGAAGAGCAAAGAGCCCUUUCGCCCCGGAUGUGAGACCGCCUCCGCUACCAGCAGCUCUGAAGCGGGUGGAGUUCGAGGGUGUUCCGAGCAGUCCAAUGGGAGAGCCAGAUGGAGGCCGAGGAGGUACAAUGGCCGCUGGAAAGGGGGUUACGCUGCAGGGGUCGAUCGGAGCACAUGGUGGUCCUGUGGCAGAAGGCGGUGAAGGUCCUGGCGGGGAGGCGUCACGAGCCUCCAGUGCGGGAGUGGGGCCGCAUCCAAGGAGUGAGGCUACAACAGACACAGUCACGAAGCUCUUGGAAGGUCUUGAGAAGGUGAUCUCCGGGAAGACAGCCAAGAAUCAAGAAGAAGUGGGCCGAGUGUCGGUGGAGAUGCCGAAGCUUCCGGAGAUGAGUGACGCGGCCUCAGUGGACUUCGGGGACUGGCUUCAUUGCUUGGAGAAUGUCAUGGGGGAUAUCAGUGCAGGAUCUGCUGAAUGGUGGGGAUUGGUCCGGGAGGCAGCGCAAGCUUACUAUGACCAGUACCAGGCGGCGGACCAGUUUGUGAGGAUCUCGUUGAAGCCGACCGCGCCGAAGGAGCUCUCGGACAACAGGUGGGUUCGUGUUGACAGGAGAGGAGUCAGCAUGAUUCUGGGAGCUGUCCCGGAGGAGAUCAGGCGGGAACUGGUGGCGACGAGGGCGAGAUCGACAUUGGAGGUGUUGUGCCGGCUCAUGGUGUUGUACCGCCCGGGAUCAGCGACGGAGAAGUCUCAGUUGCUGAAAAGGUUGGAAGAACCAGGGGGAGCCACGUCACCUCAAGAGGCGGUGGAAAUGCUUCGUCUAUGGCACCGGGUGUAUCAGAGGGCGAAGGACUUAGCGUUGAUCACGCCGGAUCCGUCGAUUCUCUUGAAGGCGCUCGACGGCUUGGUUCGCAAACCUCUCCAGGAGAACGCGGAAGUGACCUUUCGGAUGCAGCUGCUGAGAUACCACCUCAAGGUAGACAUCACCCCCUCGGUAGAUGGCGUGCUUGCGAUUCACCGGGCGUACUUGGCCGAGUUUGAGCAGUUGGCGAUGCGGAAGGGGCCAAGGAAGGGCGGUGGAGCCGGGGGUGACGCAGGCAGUAAUGGACCGGCGACCCCGAAGAUGAGAGCCAUCGGUGGGAAGAAUGAUCAGCCGGGAGCUCAACGUGAUGGUUCCCAAGGAGGAGGUCAGUUGAAGCCCUGCAGGUUUUUUCUCACGGAUGAAGGGUGUCGACGUGGCAAGGCAUGCAAAUUCGAGCACGCUAUGGACAAGGACAAGAGAGAGAGGUGCUGGACAUGUGGGAGUAAGCAGCACACCUCAAAAACGUGUCCCACCAAGGUGAAGAACGAGCAGCAAGGACCUUCGCCAUCCACGCCGAAGAGUGGAAGUGGCUCGCCGAAAAAACCAGAAGGGCCACCGGAGACGCCCUCGAUCCAGAAGGUGGUGGAGGCGGAAGUGUCGUCUUCGGCAUCUACAUCUGUGCCUGCGUCAAGUUCGGGGAGCACAACAAUGGAAGACCCAGUUCAGGGCGUGCCAGUGGAGCAACUUCUGGAGAGCGCUCACCGUAUGAUGAAGGCAUUCAUUGAGGGCCAGCAGAAGGCACCAACAUUGAAGGUCUUGCGAUGCCCCGAAAGAGAUCUAGAUGAUCUUCCACCUCUGAAGAAGAGCGUUGACUGGGAAGCAGCCAUGAAGAACGUGGGCUUGAAGAAGACCUUCAAUGAGGAAGAAAGAAUGGGGCUGCUGGAUUCCGGAGCAACCCACGCACUACGCCCUGCAACGUCUCGAAGUGAACUUGAUAGCUGCUUUAACGCGGAAGUCACGCUUGCAGGGGAUCAGAAGGUGAGCCUUCCUCAGACUCAGAGUGGGGUGAUACUGGCGGAGGAGGCACAGCCUAUCGUGCCGCUGGGCUCGCUGGUCAAGUCCCUGGGGUACGAGUUCGUGUGGAACAGCCGAGGUUGCAGACUUCGUCAUGAUUCACGACCGGAGAUACAGGUGUUCACGCGGUCCUCGUGUCCGGAGGUGAGGGAGUGCGACGCGCUGAGGCUCAUCGCAGAGUUGGAGUCGCAGAAGGUGGAGGCGAGCAUGCAGUCCAUCGCGGAGCUCAGAACUGCGAUCGUGGCGGCAAAGCAGAAGCAUCCUGGAGGGUGGAAGGGGUACUUGCAGGAGUAUGUGCGUUCGGGGGACAUGGCGGAUGGGCUUCGGGCGGUGUUUGAGGCUCCGUUCAUGCAACACGUCCCAGUGGAGAACAAGACCGACGUCCUAGAGUACAUUCCCAAGACACCAGAGGAAGCGUGGAAGCUUUUGAAGAGGAUGCCGUUGAACCGCUCGAGACGGCGACAGUUGUGGAGGGCCAAAGGAUGGGUGGUUCAUCUAUUCGCUGGACGAGGCGUCAAAGGGGACCCUAUCAGGCAUGUGGCUGGUGAGAUCUUGGAGGUCGAUAUCGCCACGGGAUGGGACUUGCUCAACAAGGAAGUGUACGCGCUGCUGUUGUGGGCCGCAAUGCAGAGAAAGAUCAAGGCCGUGAUCGGUGGCCCCCCAUGCCGGACGUUCUCCCUCCUGAGGUAUCGGGACACUGGUGCUGAAAGUACAAGGAUGCCCAAGCCGGUGAGAUCGGCAGAGCACUUGUGGGGGUUGCCGAACCUUGGGCCUGAUGAUCGUGAAAUGGUGAAGGCAGACAAUCGCCUCAUUUUGAGGAUGGUCUGGCUGUGGCUGGUGGCGGAGGCGAGCUUGGAAGAGGACGAGGUCGAUCAAUGGACGUUCGACAAGGUGGGGUUUGGUUUUGAGCACCCUGAUGAUCCGCGGGAAUUUCUGGAUGAGAGGAACGAGCUGUGGUCGCUAUGCCCUUCGGUGUGGAGGACGCAUCUGAUGGAAGAGCUGGAGGAGGUGCUGGGGCUUGUCAAGUACCAGUUUGAUCAAGGAGCGUAUGGUCAUGAGCAACGAAAGCCAACGGCAUUCCUGGCGAACAUGCAGAUGAACCUCCGGGCUCGGGACACGCGACGGGAGACCCCAAGGCCUACCUCGUCGGCGUCAAUGGCAGUGUGGGCACCUGGAUUUCGCAAGGAAAUUGCUCGGGCGCUACUUCAACGGCAUCUGUGGGAAGGAACAGCGCAGCUGAGGGCGAUGACGGCAAAGGAAGCGGCUGGAUGGAAGGAUCACCUCGAUGCUGGUCACUGGCCUUAUCGCCGGGACUGUGCAGUUUGCCUGGCGGCUUCAGGAUCGGGACGACCGGCACGUAAGGUCUUGCAUCGUGACGCCUACGUCUUGAGCCUAGAUGUCGCGGGAGCUUUCAGAGACCUGGGCAUAGACGAGAAGACGGGGCGAAAGUACAGGUUUGUGCUUGCUGGGACCUACAUCUACCCGAAGGGUUACUCUGUCCCCAAGGAUCAAGACAUCCCUUUAGGAGAAGUUCCACAAGCAGUCGCUUCAGAUUCACCAGGCGUUCCACAAGCAGUCGAUCCAGAUUCACCAGGCGUUCCACAAGCAGUCGAUCCAGAUUCACCAGGCGUUCCACAAGCAGUCGCUCCAGAUUCACCAGGCGUUCCACAAGCAGUCGAUCCAGAUUCACCAGGCGUUCCACAAGCAGUCGCUCCAGAUUCACCAGGCGUUCCACAAGGAGUUGGUCCACAAGGGGAUCAGGAGGAGGACUGGUUUGAAAUGGAAGAUGAGGAGGAGGGAGAUGAAGCGAACGACCUGGUCGAGGGUGAAGAAGCAAGCGAAAAGGAAUGGAAAAAACUCGUUGGUGACCUGAAGAAGCCCCAUGAGUUCCAGAUCCUGAGGUUUGCUAUCCCGUUGGAGAAACAUCGCGGAAAAGAAGUGUUGGAGGCGGUACAAGACAUCUAUGUCACUUUGAAGUCAUGGGGGAUGCCGCUUGCCAGAAUCCAUUCGGAUAGAGCCAAGGAGUUCAGAACGCAACCUUUGCGCCGUUGGUGUCGAGCGAGAGACAUCUUCCAGACAUUCACGGAGGGGUGUGCGCCGUCUCAGAACUCUGUGGUGGAAGGAGGCGUGAAGUGGUUGAAGUCAAAGGCUAGAUUGUUGCUUGGGGCGGCCGGUAUCGAGAAGAAGUUCUGGCCGUGCGCAAUGAAGGAAGCCUGCGACGCUCACAACCGCAGGAUGUUGGCGAGGCCUAUGAGAAAGAUCCGUUUUGGGUCGGUGGUGUGGAUCAAGUCGAAGAAGACCCAUGGCCCAUUUGACCCAAGGUGGGAAAAAGGAACGUACCUAGGCCCGACCGAAGAUGUGCGUGAAGGACAUGUGGUGUUGUUGGAAAAUGGAACGUGGCUUCGGACACUACAUGUAAGGCUUGUUCGAGAUGAUGAGUACGAAGAGGUUGCCCCGGAGUAUGCCGUGGAUUGGGUGGAGCCUUCGAGAAGAGUGAGGGGAAAGAUGCCCUUGAGUGACCCAGAAGUAAGAAAACUGAAGGGCUACCAGGACAUGUCGAGGGAGCAGCUGGUGAAGAGGCUUUUGGGGUCAGAUAUUUGGACCAGCAAAGAAGCUGUGGCCAAGCGACCACAGCUACGCGAAACUUCGGAGGCUGACGAGGACGUGGCGUAUGUGACGCUUGGGGCUUACCAACAUGGAGGAAUCGUAAACGUGACCAACGCCACUAUGAAGUAUGAGGAGGACGUUCGAACUGCCGCUGCGUUGCUUCGACAUGAUUUUCCCGGAGAGACCUUCACUUCGAUGGCCCUGGUGAAGAAUGCCGUGAUGCCUAUCCACCGGGACAGCUACAACAUGAAGGGAACAAGCAACUUGGUAUCGCCGCUGAAUGUGACGAAGGGCAGCGGUGUGUGGCAGGAAAUGAAGGUCGGAGAUGAGUUCAAGGGGAAGUAUGAGGCGCGGCGGUUCAAUGGGAAGGAGGUGCCGGGCCAGAUCUUCGAGAUGAAGGGGCCAAUGGAAGUAAAUCCUUCACGUCUACAUGAGCCAGUACUUGGAGAAAAGGGUCCCAGAAUACUGGUUGUGGGCUUUACAAUCGCCGCCGCGUGCAAGCUGGAGCCAGAGAAGGUUGACUACCUGCGAAGACUUGGUUGUUGGCCUUUAGAGCAGCUCGCCAAGGACGAGACCAUCGAUUGUCGACCUCAUGCAAUGGGAGACCAAGAGCUUGGUGGAACCAGGGAGGAUGAGUUGGUGAUCCCGGGAGGGCGAGUCAGCUUGAGAACGAAUUGGUCGUUGCGAUACCAGCCAGAAGAAGACAAGGGCAAGGAGAAGGUCGAGGAACCAGUACCAACGCUGCCUUUGGGGAAAGAAGAGAGAUUGUGGCUGGAAGAAAGGGCAAUGGCGCUAAGGGCGUUGAUCGUUGAAGAGGCAAAAUGUGCUGAUCAGCGAGAAGAUGAAGGUGAAGAAGUGGACGAGAUGAUGAAUGAGAAGGUCAUGGAUGCAGAAGAGGAAUUGGACUUCGUGCAAGAGAUCCUGACGGAGGACGCGGGUGAGAAGGAUGAGCGGUCGGUAAAGGCGAUCAACGACGUGAAGGUUCGUUUAGCAAAAAUGGCAACAGAUGUCACCACGGAGAACGUGGAGGGGAUCUUGAAGGAAUUGAAGGAGCCGCUCACUGUGACACACACGGUCGCCCUCCCCGAGGUUAAGGCGAAUUUGCCCAAGUGGGUGCCAAGCAUCAUGAAAGAGGUCACGCACCUGGAAGGAAAUGGGACGUUGGUUCCGAUUCCCCUCCCAGAAGCAAAGCGAAUGCAAGAUCGGGGAGAAAUUACGCUGGUGCCGGCCAAGACGGUGCAUACGGUCAAGCCUCCGGAUGUGGCAGCGAUCGCAGACCAGGCGGAGCAAGAGAGGGAGCACGUAACCCAGAAGAAGGGGGAAGAGGUCCUUGAGGGCAACGGAGACGCCGGAUUGUUCAAAAGGAAGUCGAGGCUGGUGAUCUGCGGGAACUACAUCAAGGGCGAGACGGAGGUGUUCACGACGGCCGCCAGUGCGGAAAGCUUGAGGUGCGGAUUAGCAUUCGCUGCACAAAGAAACUGGGGGGCAGCAAUCACAGACAUCGCAUCGGCGUUCACUCUAACCCCAAUGUCGGAGUCCAGCGUGCGGUACGCCAUAACGAUCCCGAAGGUGAUUGUGGAUGCAGGGUGCGCCCCACCGGACACCGCAUAUCUGGUCGAGAGGCUCCUCUAUGGCUUGAAGGAGGCGCCGAGACUAUGGGGCAACUUUCGUGAUCGCCGGAUAAGAAGGGCCAGAAUCCAUGUGGGACAAAGAGAAUGCAGGUUCGUCCAGAUGGAAACGGAUCCGGCGGUUUGGAGAUUGGUUCCCAUGGAUGACGAGACAGAGACCAUUGCGAUGAUGAUCGUGUACGUCGACGAUGUGAUGUUCCUGGGCGGGAAUGAGGAGAUCAUGAAGAUGUACUCCUGGUUGACAAAGGGUGAUGAUGGAGAAGAAGGAUGGAAGUGCUCAGACCUGGAGUGGGUGGGUCAGAGGCCAGUGAGAUACCUCGGUAUGGAGGUGCAAGGCCGAGUUCGCGAUGGAAGGAUCCAGUACCACAUCAGCCAGGGUGGGUACAUCGCCGACCUGAUCCGGGAGUACGGCAUGGAAACCGAAAAGCCCGCGCAGGUGCCCGCAACAAAGGACCUCAUCCUGCACGAAGAAGAGGGCGAUCAGGAGGAGGGAGAAGCAGAUGAGGAGCAAAUUCGGGCGGCUCAAACAGCUGCCGGAGAGUUGUUGUGGUUGGCCACUCGAACCCAGACCGGACAUAAGCUUUGCCACGAGCUAUGUCUGUGCAAUGGCGACGCGGAACCCGACGGCUGCUCUUCGUUUGGCUCACCACGUGCGCAAGCUCUGAUAACGCUGUCUACCGCGGAGGCGGAGUUGUACGAGUUGAUCGCCGCGCAUCAGCUUGGAUUGGGUAUCCAGGCAUGGGCCACCGAGGUGCAGAGUGAUGUAUGCCAGGCCAUAAAGGUCGAUAACACUGCAGCUCUGGGGCUUGCAAGCACGGCCCCGGGGACGUGGAAAACACGUCACCUCCGCGUGAGAGCACGUUUCCUUCGCCAAGAAGUGUUGGCCCAGCGCGUGUCCUUACAUCAUGAGCCUGGAGAAGGACAGCCAGCAGACUUAGGUACCAAGCCGGUGCCGGCUCCUCGGUUGGUUGUGCUCCGUGAUUUGUGGGGUAUGGUACCUGCAGAGGCUUUCCUACAAGAAGGAGGCAAUGAAGGGGCGCGAGUGCAAACAAUCUCGUCAAGACAAGAGGUGGUGAAGAUCAUGGCGCUGAUGAUUGCGAUGAUGUCAGUGCAAGGGGCACGGGCCGAAGAAGUGCUCAAGAGGCCAGUGGAGGUGGAUGGAAGCGUGGAAUUCUACGUAUGCGUGGUCAUCGGAGGAGUGGCAUUGCUCGGAGUGUGGGAGUUUGUGAAGGUGCUGGUUGCGUGGGUGUGGAGAGAUCGAGAAGAAAUGGCGAUGAGAAGAACAAGAAGGCUGAUGAAAAUCAGAGAUCAGGCCGCUCGUGCUCUACAUCGUGAACUGGCAGAGCUGGAAGAUGAAGGAGAGCAAAGGGAUCCGCCUGGUGUCAGGGCUCAAGAUCCAACAGCUGAGGUGCACCCCGCUUCUUCGUCUUCUACAACCCCGAUGCCACAACAGCCCGAUGGAGAAGAGGGCGUGACGGUGGCCCGAGCCGCGAGGGAAAGAAUGGACUUCAGAUGCCUCCAGACCCCAUUCGUGAUGUCGGAGCAUGGGGACAGGAUCCACGUUCGAGAAGAGUGCCAUGGGCUGAGGCACGCGAACAAGGCCAAGUUGCGCAAGAUCAAGUACUGUUCGUGCUGUGCUGAGAGCUACCCUUUGUACUAUAGGCCAAGUGGAGUGAAAAAUCGAUACGCCAUGGAAGCCUCAGAUGCUGACUUUGCACAAGCCCUGAGUUCCGAGUUUGGUCCCAAUGCCCAGCACUAA